CAGCGAUUGAAAAAAAAAAAAAAAAGCUCCACCAGCGGACGGUUUCAAGUUCCCCCCUCUGCUGAAACCCUGCCUGAUUUGUGGGCAAUGUUGGGAUGUUAAAAAAAAAGGAAAUCGGAGCAUAGAGAGAGAGAGAGAGAGGAGGGAGAGAGAGAGAGAGCGAGAGAGAGCGAGAGAGAGAGAGGGAGGGAGACAACACUAACUGGGUAGCUAUGGAGAUAGUAGCUUUUCCUGCUAGCUUUCUUUGACAGGUGCCGAGUGGGAUAAAAUAAAGUCGCCGAGAAGCCUCCACCAUGUACGGCAAGGGCAAAGGAGCCGUGGUCCCUUCCGACAGCCAAGCGAGAGAAAAGUUGGCGUUGUAUGUGUACGAGUAUCUGCUACACGUGGGAGCACAGAAGUCCGCACAGACCUUCUUGUCUGAGAUCCGAUGGGAGAAGAACAUCACGUUAGGGGAGCCCCCUGGAUUUCUCCAUUCGUGGUGGUGCGUAUUCUGGGACUUGUACUGUGCAGCUCCAGACCGAAGGGAGACAUGCGAGCACUCCAGUGAGGCCAAGGCCUUCCAUGACUAUAGCGCAGCGGCAGCGCCCAGCCCGGUGAUGGGCAACAUGCCCCCCAACGAUGCCAUGCCGGGCGGUCCCAUGCCUCCAGGCUUCUUCCAGGGACCACCCGGCUCUCAGCAGUCCCCUCACGCACAGCCCCCCCCACACAACCCAAGCAACCCCAUGAUGGGACCGCAUGGCCAGCCUUUCAUGUCACCACGGUACCCAGGUGGACCACGCCCCGCUCUCCGAAUGCCAAAUCAGCCUCCAGGUGGAAUCCCUGGAUCUCAGCCUCUCCUGCCAAACAGUUUGGACCCGACACGGCCACAAGGACAUCCAAACAUGGGCGGUCCAAUGAGAAUGAACCCUCCUCGAGGAAUGGCCAUGGGCCCACAGAAUUACGGGGGUAUGAGGCCUCCCCCCAACUCCAUGGGCGGCCCCAUGCCAGGGAUGAACAUGGGUCCAGGUGGAAGAGGGCCAUGGCCGGGUCCUAACGCUAACUCGAUAGCGUACUCCUCCUCAUCUCCAGGAAACUACGUGGGUCCACCAGGCAGCGGAGGUCCACCCGGAACUCCAAUUAUGCCCAGCCCAGGUGACUCAACUAACUCCAGUGAAAACAUUUACACCAUGAUGAAUCCUAUUGGACCCGGAGGCAACAGACCCAAUUUCCCAAUGGGACCCGGGCCUGACGGGCCGAUGGGCGCUAUGGGAGCCAUGGAGCCGCACCACAUGAACGGAUCACUUGGGUCUGGAGACAUGGAUGGCUUGCCAAAGAGUUCUCCUAAUAACAUGGGGGGUAUGAGCAACCCGCCCGGAACGCCGCGAGACGACGGCGAAAUGGGCGGCAACUUCUUGAACCCAUUCCAAAGUGAAAGUUAUUCUCCCAACAUGACGAUGAGUGUGUGAUUUUAUUUUUCCUCUUUUUUUUUUUGUAUUUUUGUUUAUCUUCCACUCCUAUUUCGUACCCCUUUUUUUUAAUUUUGGGAUUCCUCCGCAAUCCUUACCUCGCCUCGGAUCGCGCCACCUCCACCUUCACCUCCCCCCCAUUCCUCCUCGCACACGACCUCCGCUCCCAUCUGGGGGUGUCCAUCCCCUCCCCCCCCCUGCCGUUACCCCCCACCCUCCUCCACCUCCCCCACCUCCACUUGGGUGAACUGUGCGGCCCCACGCAGCCCUCCGGAGCAGCCCUGGAGCACGCUGGGACUCUAAUCAAGACGGGCCCUCCGGGAGCGUGCAAGAUGGCCACCGGCCCGAGCAGGAAGCUGUCACAGAGCAACAGGAAGAGCCUCUUCUCGGACCCGGGCCCGAGCCUCCCCGGCUUCCUGUCCGCUUCUAGACAAUGAGGACACACUGGAGGGUCGAGGAAGGAGACUGAACCAGGACACAAUGUUGGCUCUCUUCUGGAAACUUCAUCAGAUUUGAGUUUUGUUUUUUUUCAAGUUUCGAAACGUGCUGUUGCGAACGGAUCGAACGGACGUGACCUCCCCCCCGACCCUUGACAUUAUUCUCUGUUUGUGUACAUUUUCAACAGAGGUGUUGUGAUAAUCCGUGAAUUUUACGAUUUUUGUUCCCCCCCUAUUUUAUGUAUGUGUUGUAUCAUUGCUGUUUUUAUUUUAAUAUUGUAUUAUUGUUAUUAAUUAUAUUGCUAUGGUAAUUUUUAAAGAUUAGGAUCAAAUUAUUAGUUGUUUUUUUUGUUUUGUUUUUUUACUUUGAAGGCGAAUGGAAAGACAUGUAUCUCCAAGUUAGUUUUUUUUCUUUGUAUUCCGAAGAUUUUUGGGGGGGAGAUAGGUGAUAAACAUUAAUACCCACCAAAAAUAAGGAUAAAAAUACAAUUUUGAUUUUUUUGCAUCAUCUUUUUCUGUUUAUUUUAAUUUUUAAAUACUUAAUUGACCGUAAAUGUUUUGGGGUAUUGAAAGAAAAUGUAGUGAUGCAUGUUUUUCACUAGUCAGGGUCAACAAAUCCAACUUUAGUGAUGUGACCGCACUGCCCCCUACCGGUAAGACUACAGUAUAUCACUUGCUAAUGAAAACUCUCUAAAUUGCGUUUUGGAAUUACAAAACGCUCCUUUAAUUGUUUUUCUUCUUUUUGGAUACAGAAAAUUACUUCAAAAAUUGGACAAAAACACGCUUUUUUUUUUUUUUUACUUUUUGAGGGGAUUUAAGGAAAAUAUGGAGAUCCAUGCUUUAUUAUAGUUGACGAUCACAAUUGUGUGUGCACAAAUCUAAACUUAAAUGAUGUGACGUCACUUCCCCCCUGCAGCUAAGACUACAAUAUAUCCACCAAUUUUUGACCCUCUAUUUUAGAUAAACAUAAAACUACACUAAAAUGUGUAUAAAAACACACUUGUUUGGAAGAUUGGUGUACAUUUUUGCAUAACAUUACAUGAUAAUGAAAACAUGUAUCUCCAAAUUGUGUUUUUGUUUUGUUUUCAUUUAAAACUAUUUGUUUUGGUGCAAAAAAAUACUAAAUGUAUUUUUUAAACAGACAACCUUUCUGUAAAAAAAAUGGAGAUCCAUGUUUUCACUAGUCAGCAGCAACAAUUUUGUGCGCACAAAUCCAAUCUUUAAUGAUGUGACGUCACUGCCCCCUCCUGGUCAGACUGCAGUAUAUCACUUACUAAUGAAAACAUGUAUCUCCAAACUUUCACUUUUGAAUUCAAAAACCCCCCUUUAAUUUCUUCUUCUUUUUGGAUACAGAAAAUUACUACAAACAUUUGGACAAAAACAAUAUAUAUGUUGUUGUUUUUUUAACUUUUUGAGGGGAUUUAAGCAAAAUAUGGAGAUCCAUGCUUUAUUAUAGUCGAUCAUAGUUGUGUGUGCACAAAGCUAGACUUUAAUGAUGUGACGUCACUGCUGCUAAAACGACAAUAUAUCCACCGAUUGGCCUAUUUUUGACCCUCUAUUUUGGAUAAACAUAAAACUACACUAAAAUGUGUAUAAAAACACACUUCUUUGGAAGAUUGUUGUACAUUUUUGCAUAACAUUACUUGAUAGUGAAAACAUGUAUCUCCAAAUUGUUUUAUUUUUGUUUGUUUUUUAAAACACUGUUUUGGUGCAAAAAAUACUCAAAAAUGUUGUAUAAAAAUAACAUUCUGUACUUUUUUGCCGGGAUCCAUGUUUUCACUAGUCAGCAGCAACAAUUUUGUGCGCACAAAUCCAAACUUUAAUGAUGUGACGUCACUGCCCUCUCCUGGUCAGACUGCAGUAUAUCACUUACUAAUGAAAACGUCUCCGAACUUUUAUUUUUCUUCCUUUUGGAUACAGAAAAAGACUGCAAAAAUACUAUUUUCCGUACUUUCUGAUCAUAAUUAUGUGUGUACAAAUCUAAACUUUAAUGAUGUGACGUCACUGCCCUUUGCUGCUAAGACCAAUUGGCCUAUUUUUGACCCUCUUUUUUUUUUUUUUUUAGAUAAACAUAAAACUACACCAGAAUUUGGAUUAAAACUCAAUUGUUUGGAAGAUUUUUGUACAUUUUUGCAUUGCAUUACUAGAUAAAGAAAACAUGUAUCUCCAAAUUGUGUUUUAUUUAAAAACGCUCAUGAUUUAUUUAUUUAUUUUUUGGGGAGGGUCCAAAAAUACUCCCAAAUUUUGUACAAAAAAACUAAUUUUUUUUGGCAAGAUUAUGACAACAUUUGGAGAUGCAUGCUUUUCACUAGUCAUGUGCGCACAAAUGUCCAAGUGAUAGAAAUGGAUGGAUGGAAAUCCAAACUUUAAUAUGACCUCAAUAGUAAAACUGGUUUUGUUGUUGUUGCAUAGCAUCAAAUACUAUUGAAAACACGUAUCUCCAAAUUAGGGUGUUUCUUAACGCUGUCAUUUUCUUUAUUUUUCUUUGUCGAAAACAUUUGAUUCAAAUCGACAUGUUCUUUGAUGUUUGGAAGAUUAAAAAAGUGGAAAUACAUGCUU